CUUUAUUUGGCACGCAAAAAAAAGAAGCGAAACAAAAACAAGAAAACCUCCCCUAAACAGUAGAUGUAGUGAUUGCUCAGAAACUCUCCCUGCCGCUCUAAAACUUCAUUAACGGGCGGAAUGAAAGAAACGUGGUUUAAUAUGAAAAGAAUACAUCAAACCGACAAAAGUGUGUUAUUCAUGGUUAAUCCUGAAUGUGGGAAAACAAACGUAAACAUGUGACACCCUGUAACCUGUUAGGGUCGUCUCACAGUAUGACAUUUCAGAUGCUUCUUUUACACCGCAGAGAUGAAAGUUACAGACCAGACUGGAAAGCUCACUGACAGGCGCGCGACAUUCUAGUGCCUUAGGUCCGCAUGUGCCAGCUCCCUAACAUCCUGAUUCCUCGAGAGUACCCUGGGAAAACCGCGUUGCUACAACCAAAAUACCGCUUGGCGUCAGCGCUCGAACUGCCAAGCCAGGUAUAAAUAACCAGCACGCCCCUGUCCCAAGCCCUCAUCUUUAUCGCGUACUUCCCGAAAGCUGCUCGGGAUUACGGACAUGGCCGACACACUGAGGCGACUCGUGAACACCUCAUCCUUCAGCGUCCUGCAGGAAAAGCUGGAGUCCUGGUACAAGGACUAUCACGUAAUCUCAUGUGACCAGAACCUGAACCGCUGCUGUGAGCUGGUGGAGCUCACUUCCAAGGUUCAAGGGCAGCUCUUCACUAUCCUCAGCCUCACUGCUCAAGAAGGAGGACAGUAUGCCGGUGUGGACACGCUUAAAUCCCGCUUGUUGCCAUGGCUGGGCACCUGCUUCACCCUGGCAACCUCCACCAUCUCCACGGAUACCAGUCUGAGCCUCAUCCAGGAGGCUGCGGAGAAGGACAAAAAAAUCCGGGAGCUGUCCCUCACCCAUGAGAGUGACCUUCAGAAGAUGGAGACCCAGCUGUGCUCCACCCGCCUACAGCUGGAUUCCGUUAGACAAGAACUAAUGGACACUCAACAAGAACUCGAUGAAACCAAAAACAAAUCUGCCACAACCCUUCUAGCUACAGAGGAUGAGAUUCUACAACUAAGAGCAGAGCUGCAGGUGGCCUGUGACCAGACAGAGCUGUACAAGCGAAAGCUGGACAUGCUAGAUGACUGUGAGAGACAGAUCCAUUUGCUGAAGGAGGAGAUGUCCUUCCUGGCUGCAGAGAAGUCCCUCCUGCAAGAGAAGUUGGUGAGGGGUCGGUCCCCCAGUGCGGCCGCCCGCCGCAGUCGCUCGUCCAGCCCCCGCCUGAGGAAUGAGUCACCGUCGCGUGCCCGCCUCACCAGCUCCUCCCGCCGCGCCCGGCUGAUAUCGCGCUUCAGCGACCUCUAUGCCAUCCAUCGGCUCGAGGCUCAGAACGUGCUGCGUCACUACGUCGACGACGUCCGCACGGUCCAGAGGAUCAUCUUCAUAGCAGUUGUGGAGGCCUUCCAGGCGGCCAAGCUGGCAUUCCGGCAGUUUAGGCUGAGGGUUAGGAAGACCCUAUCCAGCACUCACAUGGGUCCCGAGAGCCUGGAGAACGCCAUGCUGGAUUACAUCAUUAGGAACCUCGACCUGUACGACGUGCAGGCCAGCGUCAACGAGGUGAUCAACUCCAUGAAUGUGAACCCCAAGAUCUCGUUCCCUGCUGAGGUGAACUUUGUGUUGAUCAGCGGGCUCAUCCGCGAGACAUGCCACAUGGCCUUCGCCAUGCAGACGCUGGACCCUCCCUUGGAGCUUGCCUUUAGCAGUGAUGGGGAGCUGUACAGUGAAAGCAAGUACCGCCGCAGUUACGACUCAGAGUUCACAGCGCCCCUAGUGGCGCUCCACGUAUGGCCCGCGCUAAUGGAGGGGGACAGCAUCGUUGUAAAGGGCGAGGCUGUAACCAUGAGGGGAGCCCUGUGGAGAAGCAGAAGCAGGAGCUGUAGCCCUGUGCGUUCCAGCUCUGCCAGCCCCAUCCGGGCUCUAGGCACCAGUCGCAGUCGAAGCCCAUCUCCUGGAGCCCUCUCAGUCAACCGGCUAUAAUCCUUGACUCUUGACCUCAUUUGAAUGUUUGUACACUUCUCAUGGAAUCUCAGUGACUCCAAAAUAAAUGUUAAAAAGUAUGAAAGUACCAAUCAUUAACACUUUAAUCAGGUAAUUUAUGUAGUUUAAAAUUUAUUUCAAUAUUUCAAUGGCUUUAGCUAGCUACUUUAAAGUUUAGACUAUGUUCGAAUGGUCCUUGUAACAACACAAACGAGGCAUCAUGUUCUAGAACUUAGUCAUAUUGUAUCAGGGAUUCGAAUGACAUUUGUCACAUGAUACAUGUUCUACAAUAUUCCUCGACCUUUAUGGUUGGAUUCCACUGUUUACUGAAAUAAGUGUUCUUUUAUAUUUUUUACUUUUUUGAUUUCAUGGUGCUCUACAUCCAGUUGCAUUUUUAUGUGUGCUUUUUCAACUUAACUAGUCUGAAAACCUUGUUGGAUCUGCACAGUAGCCCUUUUUUCCGUCUGACCAGAGAAACAACAAAUUUAUGUCUUAGAAAUUUGGCACGUAGCACUUAAUAACGACAUGAAUUGGACAGGUGCAGUUUUCUGCAUGAUAUGGACGCGCUGAUUAAAAAAAAAAACCCAAGUUGUUGCAGAGGAAUGUUUUAGUUCUGGGUCUCUUUUGAUCUUUGAAAUCUAGGCCUCUGAUACCUGCUCUGGUACCUGAGCAGAUAUGACUUGCACAGGUUGCAUGGAAUACUGCAAACUACAUUGCUCCAAAUAUCCACUCAUGAUACAUUCUCUGGGAUGCAUAUCUUGCGCUGCUCACUUGAGGUUACUGGAGGCUUCAGAGAGUCAAUAAGUGUCAAAGUUUGGCACUGCGAUAUUGGCAGAUUUGCUUAGUUUUGAUCUGUUGUAUGACCUGUACCAGUUGUAUGCUGUUUUACAAAUGCAAUUUGUGUGCUAAAGAUGGGGACAUUAAUUUCAAACUUGUGUUCUAUGCAGCAACGCUCAAAUGGUAUUGUAUAUCAGAACCCAAUGGAAAAGGAUGUAAAUCUGUUUCAUGUGUUACUUCUGUGCAUGACCUGUGUAAAAACCUGAAUAGUCAGCUGGACACAGAUAUGCAAUAUUAACAUACAAAUACUUGCUUUAUUUUGCUAAUAUAUAGAGAAUUAGUAUUUGAUAUCAAAUACAGAUCCAGAAGUAUUUUUGUGCAUUUGAUUUAUGCUAAAUGUUUGUUGCUAAAUAUUCAUUGCAUAGAUUUUGUUAAAUAAAGUAAAUAAAGUUUUUUAACCUUU